GUUGGGGCGCAGCAAAACCCGGCACCGCGCGCCCGAGCAGCCAGACUGCGCGCUGCGACCUCCGCACAGGUGGUCGCGCCGGUCCCCCGCGAUGUGGCCCAAAGUUCUCCUGGCCUUCCUCAGCCUGUUCCUCAUCAUCCAGUCGAGGGUGGUGGGACCUCAGACUGAACUGGAAGAUGAAGCAUCUGGCCACAAUGACGUCAUUUACGGCCCCCAGCCCCAGCCCCUGCCCCAGCCCCAGCCCCAGCAUCUGCGUCUGGGCAGGAAGCUUCUCUCUAAAAAAGUAAAGCCCCAGGUUCAGCCUCAGCCCCUGCCCCUGCCCGUGCCCCUGCCCGUGCCCCCUCCUGAGGCCCUGCCCCCAGCCGUGCCCCUGCCCGUGCCCCCUUCCGAGCCCCUGCCCCUGCCCCCACCCGAGCCCCUGCCCCACCCUGUGCAUCGGGGCAGGGAGAUUCCCUCUAACAAAAAGAAGCCCAUUGGUGCCCCUGCGGUGGUUGCCACCACUGCCCCCGUGAUGGCUGCCACUACUGCUGUUACACAUGCUUCGGAGGCUCCGCGAGCAGGCAGCAAACUGCCAGAAGCAUCUAAAAUCCUGGACGCCAUGCUGAAAAACUAUGACAACAAGCUGCACCCUGGCAUUGGUGCGAAGCCCACCGUGGUCGAUGUCGAGAUCUCCGUCAGCAGCCUGGGCCCUAUUUCCAUCAUGGACAUGGAAUACACCGUUGACAUCUUCUUGUAUCAGAGUUGGUACGACGAACGUCUUCGUUUCAAUAAGACCUUUGACAGCUUUGUUCUGAGUGGUGAUAUGGUGAACAAUGUGUGGACCCCGGAAGCCUUCUUCGUGAAUUCUAAGAACACCAUGGAGCAUAGUGUCACCAUGCCAAACCAGAUGGUCCGAAUCCACAGGAAUGGCAAGGUGUUAUAUGCAAUUAGGAUGUCCAUUGUCGUGAGAUGCUCGUUCCACAUGCUCAAAUUCCCAAUGGAUUCUCACUCUUGCCCUCUGUCUUUCUCUAGCUUUUCCUACCCUGUGACUGAUAUGAUCUACAGGUUGGAGAAUUUCAGUCUGGAAAUGAACAAGAAUAACACCUGGAAGCUUUUCCAGUUUUACUUUACUGGAGUGAGCAACAAAACUGAAAUUGUCUCCACCCCAGCUGGUGAAUUCGUGGUCACGACGUUUUUCUUCAAUGUGAGUAGGCGGUUUGGCUAUAUUGCCAUUCAAAACUAUGUUCCUCCUUCUAUGACCACAAUGCUGUCCUGGGUUUCCUUUUGGAUCCAGAGAGACUGUGCUCCAGCCAGGACCUCCUUAGGGAUCACCUCCGUACUCACCAUGUCAACUUUGAGCACCUUUUCUCGGAAGAACUUCCCGCGUGUCUCCUACAUCACCAUCCUGGAUCUCUACAUCACCAUCUGCUUCAUCUUCUGCUUCUGCGCCCUCUUGGAGUUUGCCAUCCUCAACUACCUGAGCUACAGCCACAAGAAGGCCCAUGCCUCUCCCAUACUCCGCCAUGUACGAGCUGGGUGUAGGAGUGGCGCCCGCGCCCGUGCUCUGGCCCGUGCCCGUGCCCGCCAGCAGGAGGAGGUGUUUGUGUGCGAGAUUGUCACCUCUGAGGGAAGUGAUGGAAAGGAGCAAAUAUCUUGCUCCUUCCAAGAGCUCCCCGCCCCAGUUGCCCCCGAGCCCCCCCGUGGAAGGUUCUGUGGAAGCCGCAGGUGUUUCAGGAAGUAUUUCUGCAUGGUCCCUGAUUGCGAGGGCUGCACCUGGCAGAGGGGUCGCCUUCGCAUCCACCUCUUCCGGCUGGAUAACUACUCCCGAGUUAUUUUCCCGGUCACAUUCUUCUUCUUCAAUGUGGUCUACUGGCUUGUUUGCCUUAACCUGUAGGUGCCAGUAGGUUCCCUGUGGGGCGGACUCCUCAGUUCCCCGGGAGGUCCCAAGCCCCUUUGCCAAGGGAGUCGGGGCACAGCAGCAGCAGCAGGAGCACCUGAAGUGUUUUUCUUCCCUUGUUCUCCAAAUACAAGCCUGUGAAGAGUUUGUCUUUGGUAGCCCUCUCCCCAUGAGUCCCUUCACUCGUUCUUCCCAGCCCCCCCUUUCAAAGAACUUCACCCACCUCUCUUCCAGAAGGGCAUUCACAAUGCUCAGUCUGCAGGAUCACAGGCUCUUAAGGAUCAGCUCCCUAAAACCCUGCCCAUCUCUGAGCAGAUCAGCUCACUUCCAGCUGUGCUGACAAUCACUGCCUUUUUCCAAACUCCCAGCAAACUCAGGCCUCAGCCUCAAAGUGCACAAAUCAGCUAUUUGCCCCAUCCCUAUCCUGACACCUCCUUAAAGGGCUAGAUAGAGUACAGGAGGAUCCCAUCCUAGUUUUUCCUAUCUCCCUGCCCUCCCUCCACAUGCAGAUAGACAGGCACUGGUAUUAUCUCUUUCAGAGGAGGGGAGCCAGCAAGUGGGUCUUUUGGGGACAGUAUCCCUCCCUCAGCUGCUGUGACACCUCACUCUCCCCCCCCCGCUUCCAUCUGCACCACAAGUUCAAUGCCCUGCAUCCAGUGGGUAUCUGUCUGUUUUGGUGUGUGGUGAUAGUGAUUACCCCCUGCUUUUAUGCCCCCUCUUCCUCUCCCUUGGCCCUUGUGACUCUGUAACGUACCCAGUGACUUUCCCAGCCCUGUCCAGGUGCUAGGCUUUGGUAAUUUCCUGGGGCCAAGAAACGAAAGAAACUCUGAUUUGCAGUGGGCAUUACCCACCAUUAAUUGGUGCCCACCUUGGGCACAGUCGGAAUUUGACAGCUUCCUUGUCCCCUGGGCCCAUGAGCCAGUCCACUCUUAUCCUCGGGGCGCUCACAAUUACAGCCAAUCAAUUGAAUUCCCCUAAAUUUAUAUAGCACUUUACCUCUGGAGAAGCACUUUUGACAAAUCCUUUCUAUUUGGAGUCUCCUUAUAGCCCUGCAACACCUCCAGGGCAGGAUUCUUAUCCCAUUAUGGUUAUGCAGAUGUGAACCCUGAAGCACAGAUUUCUCUGGGGCUGUAGACCUCACUGGAAGCCACUCAGGAGCCCACUGUCUUGUUUUAGGCCACACCACAGGGCUAGACAGCUCUGUUCACCACAAUUUGGUUCUUUUGCCUCUCCUGGCACCUCAGCAUGGCAGGCUCAUUUCAGCAUUGGCCUGCCCAAUUCCUGGGCCUGAGGUGCUCAGACUGCCCCCCAAAUGGACCUUCUGCUGGCUCUAGUCACCCAGUGAGAUGAAUUUGAACCAUCGCCCCAAUGCUUUUAUAUGCUAAAUGAAAACUGUGUCUGUGUUUUAAGGGGGUGGGUAGGGUGGGAAUCCAUCUGCUUUCUAUCACCAUCAUCUGUAAAGGGGAAUAUAUAAAUAAAGAAAUCA